AUGCAUUGUAAUCAGAAGUACCCGAUCAGACUUAGGCGUCAGACAGACGUACUAAAGAUCCAUCCUGCCCUUAGGAUUGGACUUGAUUGGGAAGUCGGUGAACCGACUGGUACUGGUGUUGAGAUAUACACCGAUGGCUCAAAGGACGGCAGCUUAGUAGGCGCCGCAUACUGCGUCUUUUCCGACGGAGUUGAAGUGUACAGCAGAACUGUCAGACUGAACGAGAAGGCGUCCGUGUUCCAGGCAGAACUGGUGGCCCUGGAGGGGGCGUCCCAGUGGAUCCUAUUACAUCCGGGUCCAGAGCCGGUCACGGUUUACUCAGAUAGCCAGUCGUCGUUACAGGCUUUAAGCGACGGGUACCAUCGUGACCCAUUGGUACACGAGAUCAGAGGUAGGGUACUGAGGGCGAGGCACGAGCGACACGUUGCCCUGCGGUGGGUAAGAGGCCACACCGGUGUCCUGGGCAACGAACGGGCCGAUCAGCUGGCAAAGGCGGGAGCCAGUGGCCCAUUUGUUACGAGGACGGUAGAUCCCUCGACUACAUACAUAAAAGGUACUCUACUGCAGAGAUCGAUGAUAAGCUGGCGAGAGCGCUGGACUCUAUGUACAGUAGGUAGGCCAACCUACGCCUUCGUGCCUGUAGUUGGCCUCACUCCGAUAAGUUGUUGCUCGUUGUCGACUCACGGGAGGUUCCCCCACUUCAAGUCCAAGUUUGGACAAGGAGAUGGUAGUUGCCCCUGUGGUAGUCCUCGCGGCGACGCGAGGCAUUACGUACUUGACUGUCCCUUAACAAGGGACUUCCGCCUAGGGGCGGACCAAGUUGACUGGUCUAAGCCCCCUGAACAAGUACUUCGAACGCUAGCAGCUAGUAAAGGAAACCUAAAGAAACUAAAGGAAUUGAUGGGAAAAAUCAUAGAUCUCUUUGAUCUAUAG